AUGAAUGUGAGCAGAGACAAGGUCGGUGACAUCUCCAUCCCGGCAGCGGCAGCGGCGGCGGUGACAUCCCCGGCGACCGCGGCCGGCAUCGGCGGGGAGCCCCGCGGCUGCCACGGGGAAGGGAUGGACGGCCGCGGGGAGCAGCGGCUCUCGGCCGGCGGCGAGCUGCCGCUCUACUGCCCUGCCAACCGGGACAGACAAGGGGACAGCCAGAGCAACACCCCCGGACAAGAGGGGGCAGUGGCCGCGCUGCCCAUGGUGCACAGAACCACCUCCUUCUCCGUGCUCGACAUCCUGGACCCUAACAAGUUCAACAGCAAGCGGCGGCAGUGCGCGGGCUUGUACAAAUCGGCGGGGACCGAGUUCACGCUGGGGGCGGAGGAUAAGCCCGAGGACUCAGGGACGGAGCUGGCCGAGCAAAAGGCUCUCGCCGAAGAUUUCGACRCGUGCAAGAAGUCCGCAGAGCUGAUCAAGGACGGGGAGCUCUACAAGGCCGAGGAGUGCGACCUGGACUACAGCAGCCGGCCGAGCCGCAGCCCCGACAGCGAGCUGCCGGACGACGAGGAGCUGUGCAGCGAGGAGAGCGGCAGCACCAGCGGCAGCAGCGGCAGCUCCGGCCCGGCGGCGCCCGGAGAGCCCGAGCCGGGCCCGCUCCGAGCCGAGGCGGCCGAGGCGGGGAUCGUCCCGCCCSCGGCGCCCCCGCCACCCCCGCCGCCACCGGCGCCCGUCGGGGCGCAGCCCGGCCCGCAGGCCAAGCCCAAGAGGAAGCGGACGGGGUCGGACUCCAAGUCGGGCAAACCCCGGCGGGCGCGGACAGCCUUCACCUACGAGCAGCUGGUGGCGCUGGAAAACAAGUUCAAAUCCACGCGGUACCUGUCGGUGUGCGAGCGCCUCAACCUGGCGCUGUCCCUCAGCCUCACCGAGACGCAGGUGAAGAUCUGGUUCCAGAACCGCCGCACCAAGUGGAAGAAGCAGAACCCGGGCGCCGACACCAGCGCGCCCACGGGCGGGGGAGGCGGCGGCGGGGCGGGGGCCGGGCUGGGCGGCGGGGCGCUGCCGGGGGGGCUCAGCCCCCUCAGCCACUCGCCGCCCAUGGGCACCCCGCUCUCCAUUCACGGUCCCGGCAGCUACGCCGGCCACCCGGCCGGAGGGCUGGUCUGCGCUGCCCAGCUGCCCUUCCUGCCCAGCCCCGCCGUCCUCUCGCCCUUCGUCCUGGGCUCCCAGACUUACGGCGCUCCGGCUUUCUACACCCCKCAUCUAUAA